GUUACGUCAUGAAAGCUCAUUAUAAUGCGCCCCUAGGUUCCGCGCUAGACUCGCGCUACCUUCAUGGCGACACCGUGGUUUCUCUGUGGCACUGUCAUUAAUUCGUUGAUUGUUGGACUUUCAUUCACCCCCAAAACAUUCACAAGAAAAGAUUUCCCCUACGUCACGCAGUGGGUUUCUGAUCGUGCCGCGUCUCCUUGGACGGUACCGCUUUGUCGAGCUCUCUUGGAGAGUGCCUGUUGCUGAAAGGAUAAUUCGCUAUGACGAGCAUCACAUACGCCGUUCUGGCAGUGUUACCAGUAAUCGCAUACUUGAUUUACGUGCAGUUGUACCACUGGCGGUUUAAGAAAUUCAAAGAUAUCCCUCAAUUGCCGAAUUCCUUUUUCAUAGGGCAUCUUCCCUACAUCGCAAGCGGCUUCAAGAAAUUUGGCGAUGCUCGGCGCCAUAUCGACUACAUCUUUGAAGGGAUGGCGGAAGAUGCGGGACGUCCCGACGUCUUGUUUGUGGAUGUGCGACCAGCCAACUAUCCAUUGACUGUGGUUAAUUCCCACGCUGUCGCAGAGCAGAUCUCAAGGAUAUCUAAAGGUUUCCCGACGAGUGUACAGAAGUCACCUACUAUCUUCGAGUUCACACGUCUGAUAGGCCAUGAAUCAGUCCUUUCCAAAGAGGGUGAUGCUUGGAAGACGCUCCGUAAACGAUUCAAUCCUGGAUUUGCCCCUCAGCACUUGACUACACUCUUACCAGCCAUCGUCGACAAGACAACAACCUUCAUAGGGAAGCUAGAUUCUCUCGCUAAUUCUGGAAGCGAAUUCGCGCUGGAACCAUUGUGCACCAACGUUACGUUCGACAUUAUUGGCGCAGUCAUCAUGAAUCUUGAUUUUGAAGCACAAGAUCUGGAAACUGGCGGCCAUCCCGUUGUAUUCCAUACUCGAAAUCUUCUACACACUUUUGCGAAUUCAGGCCGGCCUGGUUUGAUUCCUUGGUGGACAAACGUUCCGUUGGUGAUAUCACGGAUCCACCAUAGCAACAAAGCCGACGCAGCUAUCAAAAGAUGUAUCGAGGACAAAUUCGAUGAAAUCAGGGCUUCGCAAAAAGCAGGAGAUAAACAGGCCCAAGACCGUUCAGUACUUGCGCUUGCUUUGAAAGACGUUGAUCGGCUGUCGAGCAAUGUUGUACAAAGCAUAGCGGAUCAGGUCAAGACUUUCUUGUUUGCAGGUCAUGACACUACUUCAAUAUUGCUUCAGUGGUUGUACUACGCCCUCUCUAUCCACCCAAAGUGUCUCGAAACUAUCCGUGCCGAGCACGAUGCCGUCUUUGGCGACCAAGAUCCUCGUGAGGUCUAUCUGGCCAAACCUGACGAGACCACGAAAGCGCUGUCAUAUACCUCUGCGUGUAUCAAAGAAGCACUUCGACUCUGGCCUCCCGCUGGCAGUGCACGAAUGUCGCGCAUCGGUAGUGGUUUCAAAGUACGACUUAAUGACGGACGAGAAAUCUGUACCGACGGCACGAUUCUUUACCUGAACCACUUCAUCAUUCAACGCGACCCCAAAGUAUAUGGUGAAACGGCUAACGACUUUGUCCCCGAGCGUUGGCUGGGUGAUAGCGACACAACAUCAGCAUCGAAAGACGAUACGUGGGACUCGAAGCAGUCAGGAGACCACAAGAUUCCCAUCAGUGCUUGGAGGCCCUUCGAACGAGGACCACGCAACUGCAUCGGCCAGGAAUUAGCUAACUUAGAAGCUAGAGUGAUUUUGGCUUGCACGGUACGGAAAUAUGACUUCACUAAAGUUGGCGCUGGGGAAGUAGAGUUGAACGAGAAAGGGAUCCCUACUUUGGAUGACUCAGGGAGAUAUAAGCUUAAAUCAGAGCUGUUCAGUGCCCCGGUUAUUACCGCCAAACCGUUCGACAGCUGCAUGAUGAGGGUCAAGUUUCAUGAGAAAGCGUAAUUGCUUUAGAGGGUUUGAGUCAAGGACAACGAUACGAAAACGAGCCUGUACCUGUAAAUGAAAAUUGGGCCUUUCCGGAAUUUUGAUCGUCCAGUCAUGACUCUUCCUUUCCUUGGUCCUGUGGUCAUCCGGCCUAUAGUCAUACGCGUAGAUAUAUAUCUCCUCCAAAAAUAAUAUGACCUUAAGUUGUGC